UGUCAUCGUGUUAUUUGUAAACAAACAGAACGGUUCAUAUGAAAUUCCAGUUUUUUGUAAAUAAUUAGUGAAGUGAAUAAUUUAAAUGAAAUGUUUUUAGAAGAGGCAAAAAAAUAAAACAUUUAAGAUGUUUCUUGGCAUGCUGGUGCAGUCUAAAACGUGAUCUCUACCAUGAUUUCAGACCAUCAAGGCAUUAAACCGUUACUCAGUGAUCUUGCCUCAUCGCUUAUUCAGCCAAGCACUAGAUAAUACGUAUACAGAACAACAGAAAGAAAAAAUCCUGCAGGUUAUCAAUGAAGCCGAUAAUAACAUGCUGUCUAGGUAUGAAAUACCAAAAUCUAGAAUAAAAAAGGUUUCCCAGUGGAAGGAUACUUAUGGUGGCUUAAAAUCUAUCUCUGACAUACACUUGAUAGAUGGGUUCUCAGACAAAAGUGCCAAAAAACUGUUUGAUAGUAUAUUAGAUGGACCGAGUGAACCACCAACAGUUCCAAAGGCCAGUAGUAAAAUUAAAGGCCAGAUAUUACAACCGACACUGAAUGAGUCUACUAGACAGAAAUGCCGAACAGUCUUGGCAGUUUAUGUGUCAGUGAACUCAGUGUGUUGGACGCUAAUAGACAAGGAAAACUAUGAGGUGGUCAAUUGGAACUACUAUGGCAUUGACUAUCCUGAUGGGAAAAGGCUUCAGAUUACUGAUAUCAUGCAAAUUGCAUGGAAAGUGACCCACAAACUGCCCCAAGCCGACAUCUACGUGAUGAAGGCAGAGGCCACCACACUACGAGCUGGUGGAAGUGACCCCAACAACCCUAAGGUCAUUGCCGUCAAUCUUCAGAAGUCACAAAUGAUCUCGAUGAUCGUGGCUCUGAUCAACGCUAGGAGUAACCAGAUAACGGUUGCUCAAGACGACGAGGAGGAAGAAACUAGUCAGAUAGAGAAGAAUUUUAAGCACAAAGUGUAUUUUCUAAGGCCAUCUUUACCCUACAGGCUGUACGGAACACUAGUCGGUAACGAGCGAGUGUCUACCGAUCAGACGGUCGAAAUGAUGCUACAAAACAUGAGUGCCCGUUCUACAGAAAAUUUUCUACCAAAAGCAUACAUUUCAGAAGAACUAAAAUCCGAUUUUCGGUCUAGAAACGAACUGGAAAGGGAUAUGUUAGGUCACUGCUUGUUAUUGACAUUGACUUUUAUGGAUCUAUGUAUUUAUAAGAAUCAGGAAAGUAUCCAGAAGUUGAACAAACGUGGAGAGUAACAAUUUGUAAAUAACUCUAGGUUGUUAAUGUUGUAGAUAG